GUGACGGCUCAACCUCUCCCCGGCACCCCGUCCAUUCCAAUCCAACCAUCUCCGGAUUCCGGCACCGUGCCGCCAAAAACAAGUCGCCCCAAACGAAUCCAACGUAACAAGAGGGGGCGACGUCAAGGUCUAGUACUCGAGCGUCGUGGAGAUGGGCAGCGCCGUGCGGACACAACCCACUUGGGCUCCAGCCGCGCGAGGCUGGAGACCCCGGGGCCGAGCCUCCGUCGCCGUCGCCUCCGCCCCCGCGGCACGCGCGGUCCGGUGCCGCGCGAUGGAGCGGCCGCCGACCGUCCGCACGGUCACCAUCCCCUUCGCCGACCUCAAGGAGAGGGACAAGGACCUGGGCGACGAGAUCGAGGAAGGCCUGGGGCCCCACGGGCUCGGCAUCAUCUCCAUUGCCGAUGUGCCUGGUUUUCCCGAGCUAAGGAAGAGUCUGCUGCGCUUGGCACCAAGAAUUGCAAGCCUUCCUGAAGAUGUGAAGAAACAGCUUGAAGACCCAGAUAGCAGGUAUAAUUUUGGAUGGAGUCAUGGGAAGGAGAAACUUGAGUCCGGGAAACUUGACACAUUCAAAGGUUCCUUUUAUGCAAACCCUGUUUUUGAUGUCCCUACUACUGAUGAUGUGCUUGUAAGUAGGUAUCCAUCAUAUUGCCGACCAAAUAUAUGGCCAACUGAUCAUCUUCCUGAACUUGAAAUAGCAUUCAAAGCUCUUGGGAAGCUGAUGCUGGAAGUUGGUUUGAUGUUGGCUCAUCAUUGUGAUCGCUAUGUAAUACGGCGAGGAUUGGGAGCAUCUGAUGGUGUCAGUCUUGAGAAAACAAUCGCCCACUCGAGGUGUCACAAGGGUCGUCUGUUGUACUAUUUUCCACGACAACUUAGCAAACAGACAGGAGAAGGUGGAUCUGUUUCAUCAUGGUGUGGAUGGCAUACUGACCAUGGAUCAUUAACAGGGCUCACAAGUGGCUUGUUUAUGAAAAAUUCUAUGGAGAUACCCUGUCCUGAUAAUGCAGCUGGACUAUACAUCCGGACUCGUGAUAAUCGAGUCGUUAAGGUUGAGUUCAACGAGAAUCAGCUAGCUUACCAAAUUGGGGAAACUACUGAAAUAUUAUCAAGAGGCUAUCUAUGUGCAACUCCACACUGUGUGCAGGCACCCAGCAGUGAAGAUUCUUCUAAUGUUGAUCGGUCUACUUUUGCACUGUUCAUGCAACCGGAUUGGGAUGAGAAGCUCGAGUUUCCAAGCAAAAUCCCCUACCACCAGGAGUUGAUUCCACCAAAUGGAACACUCGCAUUCGGGGAGUACUCCGAAAGGCUAGUGAACAAGUAUUACCAGGCAACACCGUGAAGCAUUACCUCAAGAAAAAGCUCCAGUAUAUACAUUCAUACCAUUAAGUGGGUUAUUGUGCAUUCUUUUUAGCUUUGGUCCAAACUCUCUGUACAGGUAUAGCCAAUGUGCGAAUACCAGAACUAACUGAGAAGCAGACUCCACUCACAGCUCACAAUAACCACCAGUCAAACUCGCUCGUGAGAUCUGAUGUAAGUAAUGGUAAAAUUGCAUGUAUCUUGAACAAAAAUAUGAAUGAUUGGAUGCUUGUCAAACUC